AUGCAUAUUUCCUAUUUUGAUGCUUUAACAAUCUUGGAAACUUACGAGACCCAGAACCUUUCUAAGAAUUUCAAUAAACCCCAGGAACCUUUCCAGGGCUCCAGCACCUUUCUGGGAGCAAGAUGUACGUGCAGUUUUAAAUACAGUUUGUUUCGAUCUGAGCGCCGCAGGCACGCGAGCCCUCAGGCCUCAGUGACUUACCCGGAGCCCUCGUAUUUCAGGAUAAGGUGUGCCUGCAGCCCUGGAGGUGAGAAAGAAAUCUGCUGGCUUUCCUGGACCACAGGUGCUGCCGCAUCACCAGUAUUUUACCAUCUAUUCCAAAUCCCUCGUAACCACUUUCCUUUUACGAGGCCCUGCCAACGUGGCUGCGUUUGCUCUAAAACUGUGAAGAAGGUGGCCUGGUCAUCACUGAGAGAGAGGUACUGCACACUCCCGGGCAAUAACUGCCGCGCCAACAAGCACACGUGUGAGGAGAUCGCCAUUAUUUCCCCCGGCGAGAAGCUUCUCAGCAAGAGCGCAGGCUGUGUCACACACCUGAUGAGGCCGUUGCAGAGAGGCCCCGUGAGAGGUAUCUCAGUCAAGCUGCAGGAGGAGGAGCGGGAAAGGAGAGAUAAUUAUGGUCCUGAGGUCUCGGCCCUGGAUCAGGAGAUCACUGAAGUAGAUCCUGACACUAAGGAAAUGUUGAAACCCUCGGGCUUUGCCAUUCUGUCCAAACUGCAGGUCACUCAGCCUCCAGUUGGGAUGCCUUUCAAAACCCUCCAUGGAGUCGUUUGAAUCUUUCAGCUGCGCGGUAAUAUCUUCAGUAAACCUUGGACAAUAACAACAAUAACAAGAGAAAUUGGA